AUGCUAGUUUCUCAGCCCAGUCCAAGAUCGGCAGCAAGGAAACUUGCACCAUCUUGCAGUCAUUAUACUGUCAUCUUCGAACGAUCGAUUCAGCCGAGGGGCGGGGCAGAUUCCUUAGUGUGGGUAAACAGUUGCUUCUGUUUCACUCAUUCCUCAUUUCUACUAAUUCUUCUGAAAUUUUCUUUCCUAAUCGGUUCUUCUGUCUUUCACUGUCUUUGUAUCUAUCUCCCUUGGAACCACUUUCAUUUUCCUUCUUUCUUUUUCUCGGUAUCUUUUGUAUUCUCUCUUUCUCUCUCUUUUUCUCUCUUUAAUUUUUUCUUUCUAUAUUCUUCUCUUUACUUUAUCUCCCUGCAUAUUUUUUCUUCUUUUUUCUUCUUUUCUCUUUUAUGUCCUCUCUUUGUUUUGAUUGAAUCCUCUUUUUCUUCUCUAUUUUUUUCUUACCCGUUUUUGUUCCUUUCUUUUAUUUCUGCCCUUCUUUUAGUCUUUCUUUCUUUUUCGUCUAUCAUCUUCAUUGUUUCCUUCACCUUCUCUUUCUACUUUCAUGCAGCUUCUCCAUCUAUUUCAAUUAUUUUUUCUUUCUUUUUUUGCCCUCCAUUUGCUUCUUCUUCUUCUUCUUCUUCUUCUUCUUCGUGGAUCUAUUACGACUAUCAUAUAUGUAUAGCUGGGCAAGCGUUCAGUUUUUACGCUUUUUCUCUUUCAAUUCAUGGGAAUAUUAUCUAG